GAAGAGUAUACAUAUGUUACAAGGACGUUGUUUCUGCUCAUGACUAAGAAAUGACACUUGAGACACUGUGUAAUGUGUGUCAAACUAUGGCGAACGAAGAAAAGAAGGAAAGUGAUUUAAAUGAUGUGGUCUUACAGGAGAAUGUGGUAUUCGACACGCAAUGCAAAACUAAUGCGAAAAAACGUCCAAAACGAAUAUUGCAUUUUUCUGAUGGAGAUUUAGAAGAAUAUUCUUCAGAAGAUGAAGUAGAUAAGACGCAAGAAACUAAAGUCGUAGCUGAAAUCGAUCCGCAUACUCUUAAUUGGUUACCUUGGACUUGGUAUAAAACAACCUGGGUUGGUACAAAAGUAUUGGAUGGUUGUGAUUAUCUUGGUGAAUGGCUCGCAAAUUUUUUUGGUAUUACAACACCUAAAUAUCAAUUUGAAAUUGAUGAGUUUCAUAGAUUACAAGCUCUAGAAAAUGAGAUAAUUCAUAAGAACGAUUUAGAAAUGGGUGGAUGGAACAAUCAGAACAGAAAUAAUUUAAUUAAUAUUACAAAUCCACCAAAGAAUUAAAUGUGUUUGUUUCUAACAUAUAUACAAUAUAUAUCUUACUUAAAAAUAACUUAAUACAUUGUGUAAUUUAACA